AUGGGUCGCUGGCAAACUGUUCGCCUACUAAUAAUCUACUCGAUUUUGUCAGCCAUCACCAAUUUUCCAUCUGGAUUCACCAAUUCAACUGUAAAUACCGCGGUUGCAAAAUUGCACAAGUGAGUUUUCAAGAUUUUAUUUGGAAAAAGUCAUAGUUUUGCUUUGCAGAUUUAUUGUGACUUCAUUGCAACUACGAGGUUAUUCAGAUGACGAUAAUACUGUUGCUCUAAUUCAAUCUGCCACUUUGAAUUGUUGGUUUGUUGCGCAGAUAUUUGGUGCACUUUUGACACCAACAAUAUCGGAUCGUUUUGGAAGACGUGCUGGUUAUAUAAUAUGUGUUUGUGUUACAAUUAUCGCAACACUUAUUCAAUAUUUAUCAAUAAUAACUUACAUGCCAUGGACAUUGAUACUUGGAAGAAGUUUGACGGCUUUGGUAUCCCCAUUAGGCGAUGCUUGUCUUCUUUUAUAUGUUCAAGAAACAUCACCAGUUGAAAUCCGUGGAAUGUCAUCUUUUCUUUGCGAAAUCGGUUAUGGAUCAAUGUGUGUUCUUGGAAUGAUUCUUGGCAUGAAAUCUGUAUUAGGAGCAUCUUUAUCGAAUCUUUUGCUUGUUUCACUGUUACCACUUUGUUUCUCUCUGGGAUUUGUGUUGCAGCUUCCAGAAACUCCCAAGUUUCUAAUGAUUGUGAAGUAAGUUUUUUAAUCGAUAUUGAAAAUCAGAAACAAAUCAUAACUUUGCAGAGGAGACAGUGAUCGAGCCAUGAAAUCACUAAGAUACUUCCAAGGGCGAAGCAAUUCGAAUUAUCAUCUUUUGAGCGAGUAUCAAGCCGAAAAAAUGACUGAGCAAGAUCAGAAAGAUUCCAGUUUUCUGGAUUUGAUUUCAAAAUGGCAUUUGAGACAAGCAAUGAAGCUGGCGUUAGCAACUCUUGCCUUAACUUUGUCGUUUUAUCCGAUUCUACAAAGCUCCACACUUUUCUUGGCCAAAUCUGGAGUUCCAAUGUAACAAAACAAUUUUUCAAAAACUAAAUUUAUUCUUUGUUUUCUAGGGAAACUGCUCAAUGGUGUUCAACAUUUGCUCAAAUUGUUCUCACACUUUCCUCAAUUUUUGGUGCAUCGAUAAUUGAUCAUUUCCCCCGUCGAGCAUUGAUUUUGACGUUUGGCGUGCUUUCAAAUGUAAGAGGAAUUAUUAGGGAGAUUUUUUUAUAUUUUCAAAAACCUAUAUUUUUCCAGCUUCUCUUGUUGUCGUUCGCGAUUUUCUCGACGCUUUCAACUGGUUCUGAUAAUACGGGUUGGACAAAAUAUGCAUGUCUGGCGUCUCUUGUCGCUUAUUGUAUUUCGUUUGGAAUGGUUCUGGGACCAUUAUCCUGGUUUGUGGCACCGGAAUUGGUCUCACAACGACAUCGAUGCACCAUUUUUUCGGCAUGUUUUGCGAUUCAUAAUUUGUUGAUUGCGCUGACGGAUUUUGCGACUAUUCCGCUUUUUAUGGUAAGUUUUAUAAUUUUUGAAAAUCUGGAGGGAAAGCCGUCUUAUUUUAUAUUCAUUUUAAGCUCGAUAUUUUCAGAUGUAUGGAAGUCAAUGUUUCAUAUAUUUGUUCAUAAUUCCCUCAUCAAUUUGCCUAAUUUAUCUCUACAUUUAUAUGCCCGAAACUUGGCAAUCUUCAACACUUGAAAUUAUAAAUGAUAUGAUUGAGCGUGGAUUGCAUGGAAGAAAUAUUGAUCAUUUCGAUUUGGAUACACCGUCUUUUCAAGUUCGACCCCGUCUUUUUUCGAUUAAUUCGGCCAGUUGUUCACCUGGUGUUGUUAUGGUAUAUUAA